CUAGACGUAGAUGUCGCUCGUGUCGGCUAAACAAAUGCUAUGCUAUGGGCAUGAAUAUGCUAGUAAAUACCUAGUUUCCGUUGCCGUCGACCGGCCCCUCACAGACAUUACGUCCGAAUUGCGUGACUUAGAGGCCAACCGAUUGCGGCAAUUGAUUCGCGCGACUAAUAUAUCACUGAUUACGGUAUCACCGGAAACAGUAGCUUUUGUCCAGUUUUACGUGAACCAGUCGAGCACCCGGUGCCGAGUGUUGGAGCUGAGGCUCUCAAUAUAU